CACACGUACACGCACGCACACUCACGCACCGACGGAGACGGUGACAGAAUCAACGGCGGCAGCAGCAGCAGCAGCAGCAGCAGCAAGAGCGGCCAGCAACAGCAGCUCGCCGGCGGCGUUCACGUCGACUACCACCACCACCGCCACCACCACCGCCGCCGCCACCACAGCCGCCGAUAUCGUCACCACCGGCACACUACCACCGCUGGCCGCCACGUACACGGUCGUAGCCUCAUCACCGCAGCAGUCGCAUUCGUUUUCCGUGUGCCCACUCUCUACCACUACACCGGUCACCGACACCCUCGGCACACGCACCGGUACCACGUGCGUAACCGCUCGAUACGAUACCGUCGCAUCAACGCACAACGUUUUGUUGUUAUACCAUCAUAACCGUUCAUAUUGUGUCAAGAGUGACGAAAAUGUAUAAGUAACACUAAUUGAACAUCAACAACGUAUAAAUCAAUAAGAAACGUCGACCCGUAACGAUUUAUAGUGUUGCGAACAAUUCUAACUUCUAAAUUUUUAUAUAAGUACAACGUAUAAACUUAUGAUAUUCAGAAUGAGUCCCAACGCCACAGACUCGAGUACCAUACUCAGGGAAGAGAGAAAAAUGCCCAAUGGUUGUGCAAACGGAUGGUCGAGCAGGUCGGAUUCGACCGAGGAGCAGUGUUGGAAAGGUCAAGCUUUUCUCAAAAUUAACGAAAUCGUCGGCCUGGUCAAGUACUACGGUUUGCGGGCAUACAUAAUAUUUUGGCACGAGCUGUCGAUGAAUCCUAGGGUGAGGAGCAGUCCGUACAGCCCGCCGCCGGCCGACGAAUUGGUCUUAUCAGCUGACGAUGUGUUCUCUACGAGGCGCCGACGUUUAUUUUUCACAAGCAUUCACUUGCUGGCUUUGGCCGGUCUUUACUUCUGCGUCACAGGUCAAGUGAAGCUGUACACUGUACUGUUUGCGCUCGCGGUCGGCACCAUGUCGUCGAUCGGCGUGACGGCCGGCGCGCACAGGCUGUGGUCACAUCACGCGUAUAAGGCCAAGCUGCCGCUGCGCAUCAUCCUAGCCCUGUUCCAGACGGUGGGUGUCCAGUACAGCGUGUACAACUGGGUACGCGACCACCGGCUGCACCACAAGUACACGGACACAGACGCGGACCCGCACAACUCGAACCGCGGGUUCUUCUACUCUCAUGUCGGCUGGGCGCUCAUGAUGCCGCACCCGGCGUUCGAGUCCAAGGUGUCGUCGGUGGACAUGGCCGACAUGGAGUCGGACUGGGUGGUCAUGUGGCAGUACAAGCUGUACGCGCCGCUGGCCGCCGUCCUGUCGUACGCGCUGCCCACAUUCGUGCCUUGGUGGUUGUGGGGCGAGGAUCUUCUGGUCGCGCACCUGGUGGCCGCUCAGCUCCGGCAAGUGCUCACGCUGCACUCCACGUUCCUCAUUAACAGCGCCGCGCACAUGUGGGGAAUCAAGCCGUAUGACAAGAACAUCAACCCCACCGAGAACAUGUUCGUGUCGGUGGCCACGUGCGGCGACGGCUGGCACAACUAUCACCACACGUUCCCGUGGGACUACAAGAACGCCGAGCUGCUCGACUACAAGCUGAACCUGUCCACGCUGUUCAUCGACGCGUUCUCGCUGAUCGGGUGGGCGUACGACCUGAAGACCGUGCCCACCGAACUGGUGAACAAGCGGGCUCUGCGCACCGGCGACGGUUCGCGCAAGCUGCCGGCCACCGACUCGGCGGCGGACAACGGUGACGGCGCACCGACGGAGCCGGCGACGUGUACGAACGUGUACGGCUGGUCCGACACCGAUAUGCCCGACGAGGACCGCCGACUGGCUCAAAUAUACAAGAAAAGCGAUUAGUGAGGCGUUUGGUCGUGUGGUGGACGGGGGUGGGAUGGAGGGAGGGGGGUUUGGAGUUUUACCACUGAUUUUCAUUUUUAUCAAGUUUUGUUUUUUCUUUCCGUUCGUCGUUGUAUCAACCUAUAUAUUUUCGGGGGACGUGUGUUUUUUUCUCUCUUUAUUUUAACCAUUUUUCUAGAGAUAAAUUCGAUUAGGUAUUAUAACGAUCGUAUAAUAUUUACGACGAUAAGCGCGUCCGCGAGAGUCCCGGGAACACUUUGAAACGAACGAGCGCAAUAAUUUCGAACGAUCAUCAUCGUCGUCUUGUUUUUGACGAUAUAAUUUUAUUUUAUUAAUAUUUAUGUCUGACGGCCGGAGUUGUUUGGCACAAGGUGUCCGGGACGGUCACGUGCGCUUAGGUAUCGAAAAGACUGGGCCUAUAGGAAGACUCGCCGAAAAUUCGAGUGAUUAAUAAACGUCUGAUAAUAAUAACAUAUAAUAUAAUAUUAUAUUUUUAUGGUGGCUGCGAAUAUAAUAUUAUCCACACACAUACACACGCAUAUUAUUUAAGCAUAUAAUUUGUAUCGCCCAGUAAUAUUAUAUGUAUGUAAUAUACACGUAAUUAUUAGAGUCUUAGUAGUUAGAAUUUCUAGUAUAUGGAGUGUACGUAUAGGUAUGCAAUAUAUAUAUGUAUAUAUGACGACGGCGUGUUUGAUGUACUGGAAAAAAAAAUGGAGUGUGAUUGAUUGACCGGUCGAUUUGCUAUUUUAACGGACACUUCUUUUUUUUCCACACACACACACACACACACACAUAUAGACACACACACGCGCGCGCGCGCGAUACACGUACAUGUCUUGUACACAUCGUUAAUCUCUCUGGACUUGGUCUUUGAAUUUAGAAAAACCGCAACGUUUUUCUCUCUUACAAUUUUAUUUCAGCGGCUAUAAUAUAGACGCGCAUCACGUAUAGUAUUAGAUACGUAUAUCAAUGUAAUAUAAUAUGAUGUGAUGGCAAUUUUGUUAUCAUUAACGUCCGCAAUAAUAAUAUUAUCAUAAUAUAGAUCGCACCGUUCGUCGGACGCUAACAACAACUGUGCACGAGGCUCGUGUAUUACAGUAUUAUUAUUAUUUCAUUACAUCGCGAUACGCGAUCGCGUCACGUAAUAAUAAAAUGUAUAUAUUGUGUCUUAGGGCAGUUCGACUGCAGCAGAAACCCGUACAACACUGUCUGUAUAUCACUAUAUCGUAUAUUAUAUAUCAAUAUCUGAUCGGAAUCGUCCUGGGCGGUGCCGGCCGUAAUGUUAUCGAGAUCGAUUAAUCUAUACAUAAUAAUAUUAUCCGUCUGCCGACUGUCGUUAAUUCACUAUUAUUGAUAGGUAGGUAGAUGGGGUAGGUACAACCUAGAGUGUACGUCGUAUCGUCAUUAUUAUUUAACGCGUCGCGCAGGUGGUGUACCUACCUACUAUGUCAUGACGUGCUAUCGUUUUCCGAGUUCAAAAAGCAACUCGAAACGCGUCCAAGUCGUUUCGUACGAACACCGCCUCCCAAGUGGCCGACUAAAACGGACGUUUCUCUCGUUAACAUAAAUUAUUAUUUUAAUAAAACCAUAAUAAUAUAUUAUAUGGUGGCCGCCGCACUGGGGACGUUACAGAAAAAUAAAAAAAGACAUAACAACGCCCGCGACACACAUACACACACACUAACUCACAUUCGUCGUUGUAUAAUAUUCUACUAUUUAGCCAAUUUUAGAGUUUAAGAACUUUGAGGUUAGUUUGUAAUAUUAUUUCUUUACGCGUCUUUCUUCUGUCAACGUACGAGAUUUAUUUUGCUCGAUAAUAUUUAUAAUAUAAUUUCAAAAUAAAAUAUAAAAAACACGUAGAUGUCGGUUAAUAUUAAUACUAUUACAAUUAUGAUUAUUAUAAUUAUUAUGAUUAUGUCUGUCAAAAACUUUUACUGGCUGUGCUCAAUAGUAAAUCUACUUACCGAGUAAAAAUUAUUUGUAAUUUGUGAUUAGAAAUUUUAUUUUAUUUUUUAUUUUUAAUUAUUAGGUGACAUACUUUGGUUGUUAUCUUGAGUAGCAAAAUACUAUUUAUUUUUGUUACUGGAUAAAAAUAAUGAGUAACUAUAUAAAAUAUAUUUACUAUGUAUAUUAUCCUGAAAAUAAUAUUAAAAUGUUUAAUUAUAAAUUUUUUUUCUGACGUCCUUAAUUAAAAUGCAACACUGUCAAUUUAAACGUAUAUUGUUGCGUCUCUUUAUGCAGUUAAUUUGUAAUCUUGUCGUUU